CUCCACCACCACGAACACCCACUCACCCAAACCUUUACUUACCAAGCGUUGCAACAGCGUUUCUUACACGACAACAUCCCAAGAUGACCCGCGUCGAACCAACAAUCACCCAGACCACCCCGCACGGGGAAGUCGAGAUCCAAACCAUGAGCGGCGACCAUCUCAACCUCGUGGUGCUCCGGACCCAAGACCCCCGAUUCGAGGCCGAUGACUGGGCGCCGGCCCUCCAGCUGCUCCAAGAGCAGUGGAAGAGCAAGCGCCAGGACGAGCACCUCGAGUGUCGCGACCAGCCGAUCGGUGGGAUGAUCUGCGCCGGGUCUCACUUUCGACUGUACAUCGAAUCUUUGACUGCGGACGGCAACGGGCCGGCCCGGCGCUUCGUGUACCAAGGCCGCAACGAGUUUCACGAGUUCCCGCCGCACGUGCAGCCCUUCGUGAGGAUGCCCCCGACAGUUUUCCUGGAGUUCAUUCGCUCUGUGCGCGCGGGAGGUCCUCAACGUGACGUGUCGCAGGGGAAGGGUGAGGGUGAGUCCGAUACGAAGGCCGGUCUUCGAUUGGUCGGUUUUCAAUUGGACUUAUUGGAGUGUGUGAGAUUGCUAAGCCUGGGGCGCUUUGGGCCUGAAGGCGAGGAGAAGAAGGAGGAUGAGGAGAAGGAGGUGAAGAAGGAGGAGGAGGAUGAGGGGGAGGCCUGUAAGGGAUGUCAGUGCUCCCAUAGCGCGUAGCUUCUAGCGCAC